AUUAUAAGUGACAUUGUAAAUGAAGAAAUCCAACGAGAGAUAAAAAACGCAAGUUUUGUUUCUAUAAUGCUUGAUGAAACUUCUGACGUGAGAAAAAAAUCGCAGCUGUCUACAAUUCUUAGAUUUGUGCGUGAAAAUGGAUGCGUUGAGGAGCGGUUUAUUGGAUUUACGGAUGUUAGUGCUGAUCGUUCCGCGGAUGGACUGUUGGCUCAUGUUAAAAGAACUGUAGAAACGUACAACUUGGCUGAUAAAUUUGUGGCUCAAACAUACGAUGGCGCUGCUGUUAUGUCAGGUCAUUUGACUGGUCUUCAGAAAAAAGUGCAAGACGAGUACCCUACUGCCCUUUUCACACAUUGCUACGCACAUGUUCUCAACCUUGUACUAUCACAAGGGAUGAAUGAGAUUCAUGAGUGUAAUGUAUUUUUCUCUACUCUCAAUGGGAUAUCAACAUUCUCCUCGCGUUCUUCAAAAAGAUCAUUUGCGGUUCAACAAUAUUUGAAGAAGUCUAUACCAUCCUUUGCACCCACCAGGUGGUGUUUCACAUCUCGACUUGUGAACACUAUUGAAACUUACAGAGAAGAGAUUAUAGAAUUUUUCAAUAGAAUCAAUGAGAACGAAAAUGAUGAGUGGAAAGGAGCAGACAGAUGCACUGCCAUGGGAUUCAUUCAAUAUCUUGAAAGUUUUCAGACUGUGUUUCUUCUAAACACAUUUUCGCCGUUAUUUUCACAAACUGAUUUAAUCUACAAUAUUUUGCAAAGUGAGCAAGCGGACAUAAUGACGUGUUUGAAUGUGAUAAGAGACUUUGGAAAUGAGCUAAAAUUUUAUAGGAAAGGGGUGAUCAGUUGCAAAGAUUGCAAGGAAAAGGAAACUGGAAGAGAUGAUAUAUCAUGUGAUCAAUGCAAAACAGUAGGUUUCAAAUAAGUGUGGGAAAAGACUGUUUCCACCGUGGGCCUACCCCCCAAUACAAGAAAGAAGACCAAGGAAGAGUAUGUAUCUCCUGAACAAAAAUACAGGAGGCUAUAUUAUUCAAUCAUUGAUAAUUUAAUCGGACACAUCCAAGCUCGAUUUUCAACAUUGGGAAGCUUAAGAUUUUUUGAAAUUCUGAAUCCCAAGAACUUUGAACCUUAUUCCACUCCAGAUAUGUUUCCUGACACUCUAUUCGUUCUUUUGAAACAACUCUAUCCAAAAGUUUUCGAUUUUCAAGGACUAAAAAGUGAAUUGGUAGUGUUCUAUCGUACUUCAGUAUUUCAAAAGAAAUCACCAGUUGACUUGCUACAAUUUCUGAAACGAGAAGGCCUGGAUUCAUCAUUCAAAGAGGUGUUCCGACUGGCGAAUUUGACCUGCACAAUUCCAGCAACCACAGCAUCAGUUGAGCGCAGUUUUUCAGCGCUCAAAAGGAUCCACACCUAUAAAAGUUCGAGCCAGACAGAAGAACGAUUGAGUAAUCUUGCUCUAAUGUCGAUAGAGAAGGGGCUAUUGGAGUCUUUGAGAGAGAAGAAUGAUUUCUACAAUGUAGUCAUACAGAAAUUCGCAGCCAAAACCAGGAGGGCCGAGUUCCUGUAUAAAUAAGGUAGGAUUUUGAAUAGUAAGUUUAUUUUAUACUUUUAUACUAGAUGUUAUCUUGCUCUAUGAAUAAUCGUAUGAAAUGGAACAUAAUUAUCUUCUUAGUGGGGAGGGGGGUGCAGCUUUCAUUCGCACUUCAACUGAAUUGUUCCUGGGCCAAAAUGACUGAGCCAAAAAGUCACGCCUCGCCCCUGGUUAUAUCAUGUAUUUUUGGUCGCUGAACACGAUUUUCCACCUCUAAAGCCUCAAUUAUUGGCAAUUCCCAUUACAUUCUAAAAAUUAUGGUCAAAAUUACAAAAUUCAUCUCAUUAUCAAUAAUAUUUAUUAUCAAUGACUAGUAG